AUGGGGGAAGGGAGAAGCGACAACUUCGACGGUGUGAGCACCGACCGCCUUAAGCUGGAGCUGCAGGAAGAAAUCCACAUGAAGGAUAUAGUGCAACUCUCAGUGCUUGAAAUAAGACACAAGAUAGCGGAACUGGAAGCCAAACUCAAAAAUGAAGGUAGUGAAUGGAAAACCCGUUAUGAGACACAGCUUGAACUGAAUGAUCAACUAGAAAAGCAAAUUAUUUCUCUCAAAGAGAAAAUGGAAAAAAUCCGUGGAAAUCCUUUAGAUAGACUAUCUUCUAUUCGUGUCUAUGAACAAAUGCCAGUGGAAUCCUUAAAUAUGUUACUUAAACAGCUAGAAAAAGAAAAAAGGAGUCUUGAAAAUCAAGUGAAAGACUACUCACUUAGAUUGGAGCAAGAAUCAAAGGCUUACCACAAGACCAACAAUGAACGCCGUACAUACCUAGCUGAAAUGUCUCAGGUCUCUGGCUUACAAGAAGUUUCUAAAAGGCAACAGAUGGAUCAACUGCCUAGAAUGAAAGAGAAUCUAGUGAAAACGGGAAGAUAUAAUCCUGUUAAUCAGAAGGCAGUUAAUGCCAAGAGAGGACCAGUAAAAAAGAUUACAAGAUCAAACCAUCUUCCAAAACUCAAUCCAUGA